CCUCACAUCCCUGCCUCUCUUCCCAUCACAUCGCCGGCUUCAUCGCCUUUCAUCGUCUGUGUCUCUGCCGCGCAGUCAUCCUCCAGUUCCCACACGUGUCAGCCGGCUCUUCCUCUGCAUGUCUGUCGGUCCAGCUGUGGUUCAUCUUCUCUCUGGAGCUUGAAGGAGGGCAGAGAGGCCAUGGAGCACAGCCACAUCUUCACCGUGCUGUCCACCAACUCCAGUUCCUGGAGUCCUCGCGGUUGCCCUCUCGGACAGUUUCCUGUCAUCUACUACAGUUCCUUGCUGUGCCUCGGCCUGCCUGCAAACAUCCUCACCGUGAUCAUCCUUUCUCAGCUGGUGCUGCGGCGACAGAAAUCGUCCUAUAACUACCUACUGGCCUUGGCCAUAGCUGACAUCCUGGUCCUGCUGUUGAUCGUAUUUGUGGACUUCCUGUUGGAGGACUUCAUUCUCGAAGCCCCUCUUCCCCACUCACUAAACAAAGCUGUGCAGGUGCUGGAGUUCGCUUCCAUCCAUACCUCCAUCUGGAUCACGGUUCCCCUGACCGUGGACCGCUACAUUGCUGUAUGCCAUCCCCUGCGCUACCACACCGUCUCCUACCCGGCCCGAACUCGCAAAGUGAUCUUGGGGGUGUACGCUGGCUGCCUGAUCACCAGCGUCCCAUAUUACUGGUGGCCAGAGCUGUGGCACGGGCUGCCGGGAGCCAGCUCUGGGGGUCGCAGUAGCAGUGCAGGCCAGCAUGUGUUGGUUUGGGUCCACUGUGCAAUGGUUUACCUGCUCCCCUGCUCUGUUUUCUUCUCACUCAAUGCCAUCAUUGUACGCAAGCUCCGUUGCCGCCGUAACUGCUUCCGUCUGCGCGGCUACUCCACUGGAAAAACCACAGCCAUCCUGCUGGCCAUUACCUCGGUGUUCGCAGUGCUUUGGGCACCACGCACCCUCAUGAUCCUUUACCACCUUUACACGGCCCAACCGGCAACGCCUGGACCGGCCAGGCUGCUGCAUUUGGUCACAGACGUGGCGAACAUGCUGGCACUUCUCAACACUGGGGUCAACUUCUUCCUGUACUGCUUCAUCAGCAAGCGUUUCCGCAGGAUGGCCAGCAUGGUGCUAAAGGCCCUUUUCCGGUGCAGGAAGCAGCCGCCAACAUUUUACGCCAGUCACAACUUCUCCAUCACCAGCAGCCCUUGGAUCUCACCAGCCAACUCACACUGCAUCAAGAUGUUGGUUUACCAGUACGACAAGAACGGCAAACCAGUCUGCAUUUCCUCCUGAACGCCAAAUCGAGUCAUGCCGUACCAAUAUAACGCUGGCUACUAAGUCAGGUGAGGCGAGCUUGGGAAAAGUCCUUCCCAACUGGUGACAAGCAGAAGGCGGCGAUUGGUUUGUUGGAAAGUGCCUCAACGAAAGAUCCAGUGUCAGGUUCAGAGACAUCUUGUGGCCAAAAUAUGGUUCUUUAGCUGGCAAAAACAAACAAAAAAACAAGUAGAAGUGGUCAUUAAGCUAUAACAUGCUAAUGCCUUUCAGGAUAUUAAUGCAAAAAAUGACUCAAUCUCCAAGUCAAGAGACUUCAUGAAAGGCUUGCUCGCAUUGAAGGCAGUGACUGUCCAAUUAGACCAAUAUACAUAUUGAUGUGAUUUAAAGAGUUUUUCUCUAUUAGGGCUGGGCAAUAUAAAAAUAAAUGUAUGUCUCAGUAUAAUACCAAUUAACAAUAUUCAUUAAUUUUUCAAUACUUUUGCAUUUGUUCUUGAUAAAUUUAAAAAGGUGGGCUUUUUUUUGCCCUCAUAGAAAAUAGUCCAAAUCAACACCAGUUUAAUAAAACAUAUUUAUCUUAUUUAUAUGAAUCUCUUAUUUACAAUGCAUUUCCAUAUUGUAAAUGCCUGUUCACACCAAGCAUGAUAACUAUAAAGAUACUCAUAAAGAUAUAGUUCUAAAAGUCGUUCUCCACACCACAACUAUAACAAUAAAGACUAAGAGAAACAAUAUCAUUGGAAUCACAGCUGAUAAACGCUAAAAAAUUUGACAGCCAAUUAGAAUCCAUCCUGCUGUAACAAGAUCGACAAUUUAAAGCGGCCGGAGAGUGUGCACUUAGAAUAAACAGUUCUGCCGUUUUUUAUUUCAUAAUUGUGAGAUAUGAACUAUUGUGUUAACAAUUGUGUUAAAAAAUAUAAUUUCAUCAGAAUCUGACUUUACAGGAAAAGACGUCAGAAUUGUGAGAAACAAGUUCGCAAUUGUGAGAAAAAUUUAGAAUAGCAAGAAAAAGUCUGAAACUGGCUACCAUAAAUGAUUUGUGAGCUUGUAGAAUAAAGAAAGUCAGCGUUGAACAAAAACUUCCAUGUCUCUGAUUGGUCAGUGCUUAUUGGCCAACAGGCUCAACAUUGUUAAAUGCUGAAAAUAGAAACCUUUGAUGCUCUUCUCCAAGCACUCACAAAUAUGGGCACAGAUUAAUUUCAAAGCAUGCACAACAACAGACAUAUUCGCCAUAUAUAAACUGAACUCUUAAACAUGAUAAUCCCUACAUUUUAAUCGUCAGCAAUGUCAAUGCGAUAAUGUCUCCAGUAUUCGAUGUAUCGCCCAGCCCUAGUCUCUAGCAUGGUUUCAGUUGAAUAUGCACCAAAGCAACGUUUUACAUGAAGAUAAAGAAUACAAAGCCAGAGCCAAUGAGAUGCUACUGUAUGUCAACAACCUUUCCCCUCUCACCUUCUCAUCAGAGAGACGGAGAACUCCCUCCCUUUGUGACAUUAAAAAACCAUGCUGGCAUUUUCAUUUAAUAUGCUGUUGGUCUCCAAGGGCCGGUCGCAAACAGCACAAGCUCUUAUGAAAGAAUCAAGCCUUUAGACAUGCUCAGUGCUGGAAACCCGCUUUGUUAUUGCUGCCUGAUGAAGAAUAAUUACAAAAACGCAAAGACUUCUGCUUCAGCAAAAAGCUUCUGGUGCAACUGACUGUUAAGUGUACAAUUAAGGCAAAAAAUACCUUUAGAGGAGAACUAUUCUUUAUUAGUUAAAUCAGUAUUCUAAGCAACAUCGACACUCAUUGCUCGGUACAUAAACAGAUUUUCUAUCACAGUGACAAACACUACAUAAUUAAGACUUUUCAACUUCUGCCACACACGUACACACACUCAUUUAUCUUCGCUGAGCAGGCUCAAGAAAAAAGAAAGCGAGAAAGAGAAUGCUUUUCAAAUAAAAUCAAUUGCUGUCUCCAGAGUGAGCUAUUGGAGGAAACGACAUUCAUUCAUCUUCGCUGCGGCGUGGAGUAACAGUCUGCCAUCUGGAGUGCUUAAACUGUGGUGCAUAUAUAUAUUUCACCUAUACAGCGGGGAACGUGUUCAUAGAUAAGCUAGAUAACUUAAAAAUGUAUGAUUUCUGUCGUAGACAAGGCUGUGUUCGCCUGUCUCAUUACAGCAGGGCGAGCUAUGAAUGCUAAAUGCUGUGUUGCUGGUAAAAUGUAAAAAAGAAAAAUAGUUUCUUUCUUCAGAAUUGAAAUGGUGACUUUCCAUUACAGCGUCCUUUUAAAAAAACUGGCUUUUUUGUGGCUUUAAGCCCAUGUUUGUAAGCCCUAAGGACCAGUUUGAGAUAUGUAAUGUAUGCUUGCAAACUCUUUAAAGUUGAUCAUUUAUAUAUUUAAAAUCUUCAGUGUUUUAAUUCCAGGGUAAUGGACAAAAAAUAUUAACUUAUUUUGUUUGCAAGGUCACAUGUUUUGUCCAAAAAUGCUCUUCCAUAUGAUUGAGUGAAUCCAUUCUUUUGAAUGAAUAUUUUAAGUGAACAAUUCUAUUUGUUCUUGCUCACUUCUGUACAUGGACUGAAACAUGUGACUAAUUUUCUCUCUGUAAAGAGUCUAUAACACACCUACAUAGUGCUGGGUAGAUUACUUACAGACUGUAAUCUGUGACUGAUUGCACAUUGCAUGAUGAAAAUUGUAGUCAUUAUUGUAAUUUGGAUUACUCAGAUGAUGUAUUCUGACUACUUUUGAAUUAUGUAUUCUGUAUUUUUUUUAUCAUUAGGAUUAUUAUUGUUAUUAAGAUAAUGAGAAAUAAAAUAUGACCAUUAAUCAACAUCAGAGAAGA